AUGGCCGAGUCGCGAGAAUCUCAGCACUCGCUGCUGCCAGAGGAAGACCUCGUUAAUGCUCGCCCUGCUCGCUCCUGGAAUCCACUCGGCCGCUCCGAAUCGCCAAGUCUCGACUAUCACCACAUCCCCUCUCCCUCGCGCACCUUCUCUAAUGAAGUCUUCCGCGAUGUCGGCCUGGGAAUCACCAAUCCCUCUGGGGAAACCCUGCCUGUUGGUAGAUCGAGGCGAGAUUCCGUCUCGAGUACAGACAGCCAAGCGGACACUCCAGGUUUCUUGAAAACGCCCGAAACACCUGCCGUGCCACACUCGCCCAACUGCCCUAGUCACAGAACGAUCCUCCAGCGUCGAUUGUCAUGGGUUCCGAUCACGAUUCUCGUUCUCGCUUUCUAUGCGACCAUAUUCUCCGGCAUCUACCUCAUUGUCGCAUUUUGGAAGCCUCGGUGGGAUAUCAUCAAUGACAAACAGGCGCUGGCCCCAUCCACCGCCAAUCUACUGUGCGCCUUCUUUGCCAAAACCAUCGAAUUGGCCUAUGUCACCAUCUGCGUCGCGUUCUUAGGACAAGUGCUGAGUCGCCGAGCGUUGACAAGGGAUUCGCGAGGUAUCAGCAUCGCCGACAUGAGUAUGCGCGCGUGGAUCAUGCAGCCCGGAUCGAUGAUUGUGCACUGGGAGACAUUGCGAUACUCAGGACUAACAAUCCUUGGCACUAUCGCGUUGGUUGCUACCUUUGUAGCCAUGCUCUACACAACCGCUGCGGAAGCUUUGGUAUCACCAAAACUCUCCAUGGGAUCAUCUGAAAACAGAACCCUGGCGGGGAAAGUCCAGUCUAGUUUCGCCAACACCCACUUUCUCGCGUCGGUCUGUCAAACUCCAAUCCCCUUGGAAAUGGAUCCUGUAAACCGCAAUAACACAUGUCUCGAGAUUGAGCAUGUCAGCUCAGCAUACCAUAAUUACCAGCAGUGGAUCACGGAAUGGAGCGAUUUAGUACAGGGCGACAACAGAACAUCCGACAAGCUUCACCACCGCCGGAAUCCCAGCGGAUCGAUUUGGGAUAACACGACAGUUACCGGAAGCUGGAUCGAAGUCAAAGACACUGAAGAGCUUUCGAGCAAGUACAGUCGCAUGGUCAACAACAUUACCAUGGCAAUGCCCCAUGGCGGUAUUCCGGGUGCAGCUAUGGACGGGAGAAACGAUAUUAAGCAGCCGAAGGAUGCCUCAGGCGAAGGCAAAUACAAUCUUGAAGCCAUGGUCCCAUCACCGGCAGUCAACGUACUGUGUGUGGGGAUGAACAAGUCAGAGCUAUCACCCAUUGUGUACACCGAAUGGCCCGACUCGGAUGACUUCAACGCAACAAGCUGGAUGGCCAGUCCAUCUGACAAAAUCCCUGUCGUACCCUCGUGGCUAAAUAGCACAGUGGUCGACGACAUCUUUGGCUUUGGCAAGAAGUAUGGCCAGCGCCCUCCUAUUUUCGGCAAAUUCCCAGAAACCUACAACACCAUCCUUAACAUAACAGGCCCCUGGCCCGCAGACUCAAUCUACUUGCUGGGAAAGCCAAACGUCUCUCACCCGCCCUAUGUUAUGUGUUCAAUCCGCGCCAAAUUAACUGGCGCAUGCUCUACAAGCUAUAGUGCUGCGUCCAGCGGCGCCUUUCUAACCUCAAAAUGCGAGGAUCCCGACAACACAUUCCAAUACAACCGUGAUCACCCAGAUUUUGGGGAGGGCCGAUGGGAUCCUGACUGGAAAAACAUCGCAUCGGAAUGGGCCAACUCCCUCAGUCUCGGAGCGGGGAUCACAGACGGUGCAGCCAGUAACGCACGCCUCUUGAUGCAGAUGAUGCCAUCUUACGAUGAGUCUUCAAAAACAUACUCCCUUAGUCGGCAUUUCCCUUCUAUCGGCGAAGCCCUUGCCGUAAUGGCUGGCAGUACUCUGAUUCUCAGCACGCGAGAUACCCCCUUCGUUCAGGGUUGGAACUACAACGUGACUGACAAUAUCCUUCCUGAGCCGGUCUACCACUACUUCAAGGCCUCGGUCCAAGCCGUCGGCUAUGCUUCCGGUGGCACAGAGCGCUGGCAAGGUGUAUUUUACGUCAUUCUAAUUUUCUGCUUCAUCACGAGCUUCAUUUGUUUCGGCUUUAUGAUCCUCGAAGCGCGAGGCCAUCAAAUCACAGACUUCACCGAGCCCCAGAACCUGUUCGCGCUGGCUAUGAACAGUCCACAUAGCGCGCGGCUUCAUGGCGCCUGUGGCGGUGGCCCUGUUGGCCGACAGCUGAAAGAGCGUUGGUUUAUUGGCAUGGAAGAAGAUGAUGCACACUAUUAUAUCCGCGCCAAGGCGGAUGGCAAAAGUGCAUUCGGCAGUGGGCGAUCUACUGCAUACCGGGCUGUUGAACAGAUGGACAUGGACGAUAGCUCUUUGAAACCCGUGAGCCCUGCCGUCAAUGAAUUCCGGCGUGUCUCGAAGCGAGGAUCAUUCCUCGCGAAGUUUUAUUAA